CAGAGGCAUAUAAACCUUCUAAGUUCUAACUACUAGUGUGUUUUUUCUCUCUCACUUUCUCACUUAGAUUUAAAAACAAACAAGAAAAGAAGAAUUGUUGAAUUUGUGGCGAUGGAAGCUCAAGAGUUGUUUGAGCAGCAGCAAGACAAUAAUGCCCCGAGUUCUGAGCAUUUCAUGGUUGAGGAAUUCUUUGAUUUCUCGAACGAAGAAGCAGCUACUGCUCCGUUUAUUCCCAACACCACCACCACCAACUCCACCCACUCCUCCCCCACUGCCCUAGACAGCAUCAAUUCCUCUUCCACGAACCCCAAUUUCCUGACCGCCGACCUCUCCGUCCCGUACGAUGAUCUUGCUGAACUGGAAUGGUUAUCCAAUUUCACCGAGGAAUCAUUUUCGAGCGAGGACCUGCAGAGGAUGCAGCUCAUAUCAGGCAUAAAGGCCCGAAGCGACACCGAGGCCCGUGAAUUCCACCACCAAGUUGAGCCCAACCGAGCCAACUCAAUACUCAACCCACAACUGUCGGUUCCAGCUAAGGCCCGAAGCAAGCGCUCGCGUGGGCCGACAUGCAACUGGAACUCCCGCCUCCUCGUGGUGUCCCCAACCACAUCAUCUUCCCAGCCCGAGCCCAUGGCUCUUCCCAAGAAGCCCGUGGCAAGGAAGAAGGACAGCAGAGAUGAAGAAGGGGAGGGCAGGAAGUGCCUGCAUUGCGCCACAGACAAGACACCUCAGUGGCGGACAGGGCCCAUGGGCCCAAAGACAUUGUGCAAUGCAUGCGGAGUGAGGUAUAAGUCGGGCCGGCUGGUGCCUGAGUAUAGGCCGGCUGCCAGCCCGACUUUCGUGCUGACUAAGCACUCAAACUCGCACCGGAAGGUUCUGGAGUUGCGGCGCCAAAAGGAGAUGAUGCGGGCCCAGCAACAACAUCAGCAGCAACUGCUUCAUCAUCACCAUCACCAGAGCAUCAUGUUUGAUGUCUCAUCCAACGGUCAGGAUUACUUGAUCCAUCAGCAACUGGGUCCCCAUUUUGGCCACCUAAUCUAGUCCGCUUUAAUUCUAGAGUAGAAUAGACUUCUCCGUGCAACUUUUCCUAAUUUAAUUUCUAGCCAUAUAGUACUUCUUUACCCUUUUUUUUUUUAAAUUUGUUAGGGAUUUGUUUGAUUGACUUCUUGCUUACUUAAAAUUCUUUUCUUUUCUUUUCA